AUGGUCUCCUGCGAUGCCCAGUUUGGCCCACGCGUCGACACCGCCUGUCGCUCAUUCGACUUUACGCUCUACUUUGAAGACGUCGUCUUUGGAGUCGUUCCCAAUGCCGUCUUCGUCAUCAUCGCCGUGCUCUCCCUGAUCAGCGCAUCUCGCCAGCAGAGCAUUGUCAAAAGCUCGCGUCUGCUCGGCCUCAAACUGGUCGUCUUGUCCGCCCUCGUCGUCCUCCAGGCUACUUUUCUCGGCCUCCGGGUCCGCAACGAGCGAGUGCGCACGAGCGCGUCCCUCGCCGCCGACGCCCUGUCCCUCGUCGCGACAUGCGUGGCUGUUGCGCUGUCCUGGGUGCAGCACCACUGCUCCGAGCAGCCGUCGACGGCGCUCACCCUGUACCUGUCCGCGCUCGUGCCGCUCGGUGCCGCGCGCGCGCGCACCCUCUGGCUCGUCCCGCAAAAUGCCGCCGCGUCCGCGCUCCAGACGGCGGCGCUGGCGCUCACCGUCGCCGUCCUGGUCCUCGAGUCGACCGGCAAGAGGGCCAGCCUGCGGCACCCCGAGAAGCUGGCGCACUCGGGCCCGGAGCCCUUUCUCGGCUUCUGGGGGAUUACCGGCUAUGUCUGGGUCCUCGGGACGCUGUCUCGUGGUUACCGUCAUUUUCUCACCGUCGAGGACCUUCCGGAGCUCGACUACCGCAUCUCUGCAGACAAGCUGCACCAAAAAUUACAAAUCCAUUUGGACAAGGCCGACUUGCUCAAAAAGAAUGCCUUUGUCGUAGCCUGCGGUCGCGCCUUUGCCUGGUCAUUCAUUUCCGCCAUCAUCCCCCGCCUCUUCCUCAUCGGCUUCAAGUUUGCCCAGCCUUUCAUGAUCAACAACGUGCUUGAUUUCAUCGGAAACAGGCAAGCACCGCAAAAUAUCGGCAAUGGGCUUCUGGGCGCUUAUGCCCUCGUGUACGCCGGCAUGGCUAUUUCCAUGGCGCUGUAUCGUUACUACUUGAACAGAUUCAUCAUCCGCCUUCGUGGCGGCUUGAUAUCCAUCAUCUACCAGCAAACGGUAGAGUGUCGCUCCCUCGACCUGGCCAUCGAUGGCCUGGCUCUCAUGGGCGCCGACGUGGAGCGAAUUUCGACCGGCUUUCGCACCAUUCACGAAGUGUGGGCGACGCCCAUUGAGAUAAUCAUUGCCGUCUAUCUGCUAGAGAGACAAAUCUUUGUGGCCUGCGUCGUCCCAGGUCUUCUCGUUUUCUCUUUUGUCUGUUUAGCCUUUGUCAUUGCCUCCCUCGCCAAGAAGUACCAGAGAAUAUGGAUCGAAAAGGUAGAGGAGCGAUUGCGUCUCACCACCAACAUGCUGGCCAACAUGAGGACCGUCAAGAUGCUGGGUCUCAGCCCCAAGAUGUUCUCCGUCAUCUACAAGGCACGAGACGUAGAAAUCGAAAAUUCCACUCGCUAUCGAUGGACACUAAUUGGGCAGAUUUUCUUCUCGAAUGCGCCGCUCACGUUUGCUCCCGUGGUGACAUUCAUCGUCUUUGUCGCCAUUGCCAACGCCCGCCACGAUACUUCCUUCCUGGCCGCCAAGGCAUUCACAUCCUUGUCUCUGAUUGCGCUCCUGACGGAGCCCACACUUAUGCUUAUCCAAGCCAUACCCAGCGUCUAUCAAUGCCUCAGCAGCUUCGACCGAUUGCAAGAAUUCUACCGCCAGCCCACCCAUCCCGGUCUGCUGCCGCCGGCUGGCGAUGUUCGCGUUGCCGAAAACAAUGCGUCCGGAAUCUCUCUUCAAAUGAUGCAAGGUAAGACUGUAGGCUCUAGCGAGUUUGUAGUGAAAUUCGUCAACCAAGACUUUGCUUGGGCCAAAUCCCGCCCGGCCGCGCUCCAGCAUCUCAAUGCGUUCAUCCUCAGAGGGCGCUUUACUGCCAUCGUCGGUCGCACGGGCAGUGGUAAAUCGACAUUGCUUGAGAGCAUACUCGGAGAGACUGUCGAUCUCGGCGGCCGUACAGAACGCAGUUUUGCUUCCGCGGCGUACUGCUCUCAGGUGCCAUGGCUGGUGAAUGGGACCCUCAAGAGCAACAUCACCUAUGGCUCUUCAGCUGCGGUUGACGAUUCUUGGUAUCAGACUGUCGUGUCAGCCUGCGGGUUAGAGAACGACAUCAACAGCCUACCUGGUGGCGAUCAGACGGACAUUGGCGACAAUGGAAGUAAGCUCAGCGGUGGCCAAAGGCAGCGCGUGAGUCUAGCCCGCGCCGUCUUUUCAAGAGAGCCCGUCAUCUUGCUGGAUGAUGUCUUCAGCGGUGUUGACAAUGCCAACGUUGCCCAUAUUUCAGAGAAGCUGUUUGGCUCGACCGGUCUUUUACGGCGCAAUGGAUGCACCAUCAUUCUUGUCACGCACUCCAAAUACCUCAUGAUGCAGGCGGAUGACGUUCUGGUCAUUGACCAGGGUACUAUCGUCGAGUCGCGGACCGUAGCAUCACUGCAGCCUAGCAACGGCUUCUCUUCUGGAUUUCAGAUUGAGGAGCUCACCGAGGCUGAUGACGAGGACAGCGAGGAAAGCAAGCCCGCCAGCGCGCAAGCCCAACCCCUCACCAGAAUCGAGACUGCCGAGGAUAGACUAUCGGCACUGAAUGAGGAGGCAGCAGAUCUCAAACGCACACGCGGAGUUCCUUCCGUGUACCGCUACUACAUGCACUCUUCUGGGUAUUGGAAGGUCAUUAUGCUGCUUGCCGGUGCCGCACUGCACACUUUCUGCAGCGAAUUCGGCGUCGUCUGGAUUGAUCUCUGGUCCUCGGCCAACGCCAGGUCUCCCGGUCAUGCCAACAACGGCCUGUACCUCGGUGUGUACGCGGCAUUGGGUGUCCUCUCCGGCCUGCUUCUGCUCUUCCUCUGCUGGCUCGUCUUUGUCAACAUGAUCUCCGUUUCCUCGAGAAACCUCCAUACGGACCUUCUGACGGCCGUCAUUCGUGCGCCGUUGCUCUUCUUCCAGGAGACGGACGUCGGUAACAUCACGAACCGAUUCAGCCAGGACAUGGAACUGAUUGGCAUUGAGCUUCCAAUCAUCAUUGUCAACUACCUGGUUGCGCUGUUGGAAUGCAUCGCCAAGAUGCUGCUGCUGGCCGUGUUUGGCCGCUAUCUGACGGCGUCGUUGCCCUUGUUCCUCGCCGUCAUUUACAUGGUCCAGCGCAUCUAUCUUCGCACAUCGCGGCAGGUAAGACUGCUUGACAUUGAAGCCAAGGCGCCCGUCUAUCUUCAGUUCCUCGAGUCCAAAAAUGGCGCUGCCACAUUGAGGGCGUUUGGCUGGCAGCAGUCUUGCCAGCUGAAUCUGCAGCGGCUUCUCAAUCGCUCGCAGAGACCAGUGUACUUGCUCUUCUGCAUCCAGCAGUGGCUUGCUCUUGUUUUGGAUGCCAUUGUGUCUGCCUUGGUCCUGAUACUCAUUGCGAUUGUCGUCACCUGGCGCGACAAGUUUUCGCCGGGAAGCGUUGGUGUCUCCCUCGUCACCGUCAUGACUUUCAACUCUGCUUUGACCCAGCUGAUUAAAAUGUGGACUUCGCUCGAAACUUCAAUUGGCGCUGUGGGUCGCAUCAAGGACUUCAAGGACAAUACUGUGCCUGAGGAGGAAGAGCUGGGCAUCGUGCAGCCCGAGAGCCCUCCCCCGAACUGGCCAAACAAGGGUAACAUCGAAUUCAGAAGCGUCAUUGCUUCCUACAAAGAAUCCGGGCCUGCAGCUCUCAAGGGCCUGACGCUGUCAAUCAAGGCGGGCGAAAAGGUUGCCAUCUGUGGUCGGUCCGGCAGUGGCAAGACGUCGCUCAUUCUAAGCCUCCUCCACAUGAUUCACAUCGACGGAGAGCUAAUCAUUGACAAUGUUGAUAUCCACAAUUUGAUACCGAACGAGCUUCGUGCUCUCGUCAAUAUCGUUCCCCAAGAGCCCUUUUUGAUGCCCGGAACGGUGCGCCAAAACGUCGAUCCAUUUGAAGUCGCAACAGACGAGGAUAUCACUGCAUCUCUCGAGCGACUUGGACUCUGGGAGCGUAUCGAGGCCGCAGGCGGCAUCGACUCCGAGAUGCCUCUGACAUCCUGGUCCGUAGGCGAGCGGCAGUUGAUUUGCAUGGCCAGAGCCAUGGUGAGAAAGAGUCCGAUUCUCAUACUCGACGAAGCUACAAGCAGCGUCGAUCACAAGACGGAAGAAAUCAUGCAACAAGUGCUAGAGACUGAAUUCGCAGGCAAAACUGUGCUUUCGGUAGUUCAUCGCCUGGGAUAUAUCGAGCGCUACGACAAGGUUGCGGUUUUACAAAAGGGCGAGUUGAUGGAGUUUGACACACCAGCAACACUGCUUGCUCAGUCGUCAUCGAUGCUGUCGGCGAUGAAACGGGCAGGAACGCGGCAAAGUUCUACAAGUUUGAGCAGUGACGACGAUUAA